UUCUCAAUUCCGCCCAAGAAACCUCUGGAUGUUAAAUAGCAGAAGGGCCUCCCCAGGGGCUGUCUGCUCACUUCAGUAGUCUGGUAGCUCCUCCAUUAUAUACUUUCUUUCAAGGCAGAAGUGAAAGGGAGGGACCAGCCAGGGAGUGAUCUGAAGGACAGGCUGGGGUGGUCAGGAGUCUGAGAGCGGGAGAGUUGCUCCAUCCUCUCACCUCAUAGAUUGAAGCCAAGCCUCCUGGGGUCAUCUCCAACAAGGAACCAGAACAGAAGCCUGUCAGCAGCUCACCCACAGCCCAGCCCACAGCCCAGCCCACAGGAGGGGAGGGGCGGGGAAGAAGAGGAAUAAGAGAGGGAGCUCAUCCUGAAGCUGACUCCUCGAGAGGAAAGGCCAGUGUAAAGUGUAGGACGGCUCCAACCUCCAACUGGGGCUCCCUCUGGCUUCCCCUCUCAACAGUAAUUUGACACUUGAAUCUCCAGGACAACCAACAACAAAAAAGCUGAGGCUGGGACAGCAGCUGGCUGUCAGCAGCAGGAGCUGGUGCUGAGGAGAGGUACUCAAGGGAGCAAGCAGCAGUGGAAGAGGACAGCAGCUUCCACAAAGAAAGUGUGAAGUGGUGGCCAAGGGCCUGGGAAGGCACAAGAGACUGCACUAGGACAACCCUUCUUGGCCCUGCAGUACCUGUUUCCAGAGCUGGAGCUCUGGCAGGAGCACACACAGAAUGGCAGCCGAAGACUUUGUACAGGAGAUGCACUCUGUGGGCGAGAGGCUGCUGAUGAAGCUUCAAGGGCUGUCGCAGGCUGAGCCUGUGGAGCUGGUGGCCUUCUCCAUCAUCAUCCUUUUCACAGCCACUGUUCUGUUGCUGUUGCUGAUAGCCUGUAGUUGCUGCUGUGUGCACUGCUGUUGCCCUGAGCAGAGAGGCAGGAAAGUCCAAGUGCGGCCCAUGACCUCGCCAUGAGGGAUGGUGGAGAAACCAGAAGACAAGCUGGAAACCACCAGAGCCAUGACACAGGCUGUCAGCCUGAGCCUGCGCUUCUUAUUCCUGUGGAUGAGGAUACCCUAGCCUCAGCUCUGGUCCUGUCCAGGUGCCAGGACACUGGUACGUGAAGCUUUAUCAAGAAAAUAAGGGCUGGUAUAGGCCCUUCACCUGCCAGUGGACACUGAACGCUGAGGACGAGUUGACUGUUUCAGAAUCAGUAAGCCAUCUAAACUUUUUACAAAACAAGGAUGCAGGGAUCUUCAUUCUUUGAUGGGAAACAGCCCACAAUGUGGGCAGCUAAUUCUGCUAAUCCAUGCCAGAGAAGAGCAAGCCAAUCACAGAGAUUUUAUCCAGCAGUUACAGGAUUCUAUGUUCCCUGACUGGGUGAACAUGUCAGUAUUCUAGCUUAGUACUUGCCUGUUUAUUUCCAAGUAAAAGCUUUUUUCAGUUUUGUG